AUGCAAAUGCUUUACUUUUCAAAUCUGUUUGUGAUAUUUAAACCUCUGUCACCUGGGGCAGCCUUAGUUCUCAGAGCUCCUGGUACAAGCCUCUUCCCUUGGGUGGAUUCUUGGCUCUUCUCCCAGCAUGGCCCCCAAAACCAGUCUUCACUUCCACCCCAAACAAGGAAACUGAAGAAACCGAGACUGACUCCUGCCUCCAGGCCACAGGAAACGUCUGCUUCUCUGAACUUGCCGAAGGAAGAAAAAGAACAGCAAGAAGCAAUUGAACAUAUUGAUGAAGUACAAAAUGAAACAGACCGACUUAACGAACAAGCCAGUGAGGAGAUUUUGAAAGUAGAACAGAAAUAUAACAAACUCCGCCAACCAUUUUUGCAGAAGAGGUCAGAAUUGAUGGGCCAAAGCCCAGAUUUUUGGGUAACAACAUUUGUUAACCAUCCACAAGUGUCUGCACUGCUUGGCGAGGAGGAUGAAGAGGCGCUGCAUUAUUUGACAGGAGUGGAAGUGACAGAAUUUGAAGAUAUUAAAUCAGGUUACAGAAUAGAUUUUUAUUUUGAUGAAAAUGCUUACUUCGAAAAUAAAAUUCUCUCCAAAGAAUUUCAUCUGAAUGAGAGUGGUGAUCCAUCUUCGAAGUCCACUGAAACCAAAUGGAAAUUCAGAAAGGAUCUGAAAACACAGAAUAAAGCCAGCAGGAAGAGACAGCAUGAGGAACCAGAAAGCUUCUUCACCUAGUUUACUGAUCAUUCUGAUGCAGGUGCAGAUGAGUUAGGAGAGGUCAUCAAAGAUGCUGUGUGGCCAAAUCCAUUACAGUACUACUUGGUUCCAGACAUGGAUGAUGAGGAAGGGAAAGAAGAAGAUGAUGAUGAAAAGGGAGAAGGAUUGGAAGAUAUUGAUAAAGAAGGGGAUGCGGAUGAAGGUGAAGAAGAUGAAGAUGAUGAGGAGGGGAAGGAAGGAGAGGAAGAUGAAGGAGAAGAUGACGAAUGGAACACUGAUGGAUCCCGACCUUCCUUUUUAAAUUUUCUCCAGUCCCCGGGAGCAAGUUACAGUCUUUUUUUUUUUUUUUUUUCUCCUCCUCUUAUGCUCAGUCGCCCUGUUUUUGAGGUCUCUUUUCUCCUUUACACCACGGCUCACAACUUAUUUUUGGGGGAAUUACCUUGAGCAGAAUUCAGUGGGAAAAGAAUCUCUACCCCUUUCUGUUCCAAAUACAUUUUUACCCCUUCCUGUCUCCACAAAAACUUUGUGGACUCAACACCACCAUGCUCUGUGGGAAGAAAGAAGACCCUCCUGCUCCCUUAGGUCUGCCGGAAGCUGGAGGGUGCCAGGAGGCCCCUGUGUAGUAGUGCGUAGAAUUCUAGCUUUUUCUUCCUUUCUCUGUAUUUUGGGCUCAGAGAUUACACUGUGUCUCUAUGUGAAUAUGGACAGUUAGCAUUUACCAGCAUGUAUCUGUCUACUUUCUCUUGUUUAAAAAAAGAAAGAAAAAACUUAGAAAAAUGGGGUUCUAGAAAGUCAGCAAAGGUUGGGUCUGAGAUGUUUGGGUGGGUUAAGUGGGCAUUUUGACAACAUGGCUUCUCCUUUGGCAUGUUUAAUUGUGACGUUUGAUGGACAUCCUUGCAGUUUCAGAUGACACUUUAAAAAUAAAAUUCUCUCCUAAUGAUGACUUGAGCCCUGCCACUGGAUGGGAGAAUCAGCAGAGCCUGUAGGAUCUUAUUUGCAAUUGAUAUUCUCUGUUGUAAUUUUAUUCAUGUUUAUUUUAAAAUUUUUC